AUGGUCAAUAUUGUACUUGCCAUCGAAGAAGCUGGAAAUAACACUGUAGCAAAAUUAAUCAGGGCGCAACAUCGACUUAAAAAAAUCAAAUUGAUCGCUGUUCAAACCAAUUUUAAAUCUGAUUUGCUAAAAGAGGCGGUAAUUAAUCAUCAAGACACUAUUGUUGAUUACGAUGUUGAUGGUUUUGGCAGUUUGAUUCAAGCGGUUCCAUCAUUCAAAAAUUUAAGAUCGUUGGAUAUUGGCAAUUCGUUCCAAUGUGGUCCAGACAACUCCAAAUGCUUGAGAAAUCUUGUUUUACCAAAUAUUGAACAUUUUUGUGUCUAUUUGCUAUUUGAAGAGUUUUUAAUGGACACUUGUAAUUUUUUAAAAUUGAAUGGCAACAAAUUAAAAAAAUUGAAGGUUACCGGCGUUCCAAAUGACAAAGACAAGAUGAAUUAUGGGCUUCUCUUUCAAACAAUAGCACAACAUUGUCAAAAUGUAAAAGAGUUGGCAAUAGUCUAUGAAAAUCAAAUAGAAGAUCAACGACUUUUGAUUCAAGUAUUUGAAAAUUGUAGAAAAUUACGAAAGAUUCAUUUCAGUUCAGUUGACCACAGCAAUGUGAAUGGUAAUAAAUUGUUUGACGUUUUGACAAAAACACAACCUGUGGGAUUGAAAGUAAUGAAAUUUGACAACCUAAUGACCGUUUCUAAUGCAUCAUUCAACACCCUGAGAAGAAAUUGGAAAGGAGCCACACCUUUUCUUAUAAAGUUUUCAAGAGAAUGGGAUAAUUGUAUGGAUAAAUUACGAUUGGUUAAAAGAUUAAAGAAAUAUCAAAAAUUGGGAUUUUUGGAUUAUGUGCUUAGGGAUGAAUGCUUCUAA